AGGAAGUCAUGGGUAAUGCAGACUGACAGAAGAGGAACAGAUGCUUUAAUCCCGGGUUUCAACCAUGUCUCUGUACAGAAACAGUUCGUUUUUGGUUUUGUUAGCAUUAAAUAUUUAUGUCUUUGUGUCUAAUGAAGGAGUUAACGUCACCGCUUCAGAUUCAGCGGACACAUUGAGCCCCGCUGCUGGGGCUGCUGCUGCUGUUGUGAACUCCCCCGUGUUUAAACCCGCUGUGAACUCCCUCUUCUCCAUCAAUCUGCUGUCCUUCCCAGAGGACCUGGAGAUCAGCGACUACUGCAACGACCUGCUGCACAUUUUUGGACAGCGGUAUGUGACCUAUGUGAACUGCCUGGUUCCUGCAGCCCGACCUGUUAAAGUCUGCCAGAACUGUUUCUCCACUUAUGUCAGCCUCGGGGAGAUCUACACCAACAUCUCAUCAGACAAGAUGGGUCCUGGUAAUGUGAGCUGCAGGGACAGCCUCCUGCGCAGUGAUCGGCUGAUGCUGGUUUAUCUGCUCUACAGCAACCUGGAGGACAUCUGGUCCCAAUCAGCCUGUGAAAAAUGUCUCACUAAAGGAUUCCAGAGCCUGACCAAUGACACACUGUACUUCAUGAGCACUCUCAACCAAACUCUCACCUGCUUUGAGAAGUAUCAACAGGGGAACCACACAGAACUGUGCAAAGACUGCAAGAACACAUACAGAGGCCUGAAUGAGCUGUACAGCCAGAUAGAGAAGAAUAAGACCAUGUGCAUCGACAUAGAAGAUGCGAUGAACAUGACUCGCAGACUGUGGAGUAAGAGCUUCAAUUGUUCCUACCCCCGUGAGGAGACGGUGCCUGUCAUCGCUGUGUCCAGCUUCAUGCUCUUUCUGCCCAUCAUCUUCUACUUGAGCAGCUUCCUUCACUCCGAACAAAAGAAACGCAAGCUCAUACACCCCAAACGGGCGAAGUCAUACGCCAGUCUGAUGAACAUUCAGGACAAGCUGAGCUGAAGAGGAGACGGAUGAUGACUUAAAACCGAGGACUGCACUUUUUGUUAUCCAAACCUGGGAGAAGAUUUCACUCCUCUCUGUCUUGUGAUGGACUUUAAGGAUCUAAACAAGUCAGAGCGAAAUGCAUUCAUGUCCUUAAAUUAUUCCUCUCACAAUGAAGUAAAUGACAUUGGACCACAUUGAACAAAAACACACAGAAUGUAUAUUUCAAAGGUUUUGUAGCAAAACAAACAAACGAACAAACAAAUAGAAACUGCACACAGACUGUUUUUGAAUCACCUCUUACUGCCAUUAUUUGAGAUCAACUUUAUUUUGGUGAAUUGUCGUGACAUUUUGGAUCUAUAAUACGCGGUACGUGUGUUUUAAUCAAAGUUUAUCUAACUUUAAAAACUACUAAUUAGAUGGUUGUUGGUGUUGCUGCACAGAUCCUGGACUGUCUUUCCUUUCAACUCGUUAACAAUCCUCAGGUUGUUCAGCGCAUCCUGCAGCCUGAGACACACAGCUGUCACUAGAAAGAGUGAGUGGCUUGAAUGUGUGUGUGUGUGUGUGUGUGUGUGUGUAAGUGAGAUAACGUGUGUGUGUGUGUGUGUGUGUGCUCUAUUUAUGGGUUGAGAAAUGGGUUUUCUGUCUCUAAUGUAUGUCCAGACGAGAGCUGCAGAAAAGGAAGCACUUGAUGUCCAUUAGUGGUGACAUGUAUCUGCUGUAAGAAGAGGGGGUGCACAUCAGUGGGGGUGGGGAGAGUAAAAACAGACAUAACACACAUAAUGUAAGAGCACUCCAGAGUACCACACUGUGACGUUACCUGUUUUCCAGUCAGUGUGGGUUUUUUUUUUUUUUUUGUCAUAAAGCUUUUAAUGUGCUUCCCACUGAUGUUUAACUUAAUUUGUUAAGGGCUUUCUGACUGCUCAUGAUGCUGAUAUCUCCUUAAUGCCUCCUUUAUGAGUUACCAAUGUUGAAUUGAUGAAUUUGCCUAUUUGAAAUGCAUUUCCUGUAAAGUAAUUUAAACCUUCAUUUUGAAUGCAUAAGCUCAAAUAAAUAGUUUGACAUCAGAAACACCUG